GAUUCUGGGGUUUAGGGUUUUAGUGCUUGCAUCGAUGGAGGUUCAGCAUCUGCUGUCUGGGUUGUGCUCAACUCCAUUGGUUCAAAACCCCAACACCCAGUUCGUAGUGAAGUUUCCCUCUUCUUCUUCUUUUGCUCAGUCCCAGAGUUGGGUCUCCUUCAAGGCCUGCCCUUGUAGUUCACAGAGGGCUUUAUCUAGGAAUGUGGUGGAGUGCAGGAGCAGCAGAGAGAGAAGUGGGGCCGUUGCUUCUUUGGAUAAUGGAGAUUUGAAGAAUGAGAUUAGGCGGAAGAAGCUUGCGGUGUUUGUGUCCGGUGGAGGCUCUAAUUUCAGGUCUAUUCAUGAAGCUUGCGUUCGGGGUUCGAUUCAUGGCGACGUUGUUGUCUUAGUUACUAAUAAACAAGGUUGUGGAGGUGCGGAGUACGCAAGAGAUAAGUGCCUUCCAGUUGUGUUGUUUCCCAAAACUAAAAAAGAGCCUGACGGAAUAUCUCCAAUUGACCUUGUCGCUGUCCUCAGGAAACUUGAGGUUGAUUUUGUUCUUCUGGCUGGUUACCUACAACUUAUACCAGUAGAGUUGAUACAAGCUUUUCCCAGAGCCAUAGUGAAUAUCCACCCAGCUCUUCUUCCUGCAUUUGGAGGCAAAGGUAACUACGGGAUGAGGGUUCACAAAGCAGUCAUUGCUUCUGGAGCAAGAUAUUCAGGCCCUACUAUACAUUUUGUUGAUGAGCAUUAUGACACUGGACGUAUCCUUGCUCAAAGAGUUGUCCCGGUGCUUGCUAAUGACACUGCUGAGUUGAUAGCUGCAAGGGUUCUUAGGGAGGAGCAUCGCUUAUAUGUGGAGGUGAUAACUGCAUUAUGCGAAGAGCGAGUAAGUUGGAGGGAAGAUGGUGUUCCUAUCAUCCUCAGCAAAGAAAAUCCCAAUGAAUACAACUAGCAGAAGAACAAUCACACAAGAGAAAUCU